AUGGCACUGGCUCCAAAAGAUACGGGUCGAUUGGUCGCGCACGCGCUCACCCUGGCGCAGAAGGUCGUGGAUGCAGACACCGAGGUUUCCACUAUCGAUCUUCAACUUUUGUCUAAUCUCAACACCAACCAAUUUCUCAACUACAUUAACUUGGACCAGCAGCUUAGUACUCUAGAACAGGACACGGAGAAGUUGGCAGUGUAUAAGCAAGAGGUGGUUCUGCUCACUCUGGACUUGGACCAGAUUGAGAGGCAGGUGGACGCGCUAAUGAAUGUCACCAACGAACUCCUGUCAUGGUGUAAUGAGCUAGCUGCCACGAAACAAAACAAGUGA